AUGGAGGAUUCCACCCGCCUGGGCUACUGCGUGGUUGCCGGCAGCUUCGUGGCUUUCCAGUUCUCCUUCUCGGCUCUCAGCCCCCAGGUGUCCUUGUCACUCUGCCCCGGUUAUGCUGCCCUCCCCUCGGUCAAGCGAAGCGAGUGGAACUCCAGAUGUGUGUCCACAUUGCACGCAGUGGUGGUCGGCCUCUUCUGCCUCUACAUCCUGUGGUGUGAUGAUGCUGUAAACGCCAACCCCAUCUGGGGAGAGCCCCGCCUGGUCAAGCUGAACGUCGCCAUCACCAGCGGCUAUUUGCUGUAUGAUCUGCUGCUGCUAAUCCGUUAUUGGAGGACCCUGGGAGAUUCCCUCUUCGUUUGCCACCACUUGGCGGCGUUGUAUGCUUACGGAUACGUGCUGAGUCGUGGGGUGCUGCCCUAUUUUGCCAACUUCCGGCUCCUCUCAGAGCUGUCCACACCCUUUGUCAACCUCCGCUGGUUCCUGGACGUGGCCGGCUGUCCCCGAUCUUCCUGGCUGCCCUUGGCCAACGGCCUGGCCAUGACCGUGGUGUUCUUUGCAGUGCGCAUCGCCGUCAUCCCCAGCUACUACGCACAGGUGUUCUCCUGGUACGGCACUCCGGAGUACAAGCGCCUGGGCCUGAGCGUGCAGCUGGCCUGGAUCGGGUCCAGCCUGGCUCUAGAAGUGCUCAACAUGGUGUGGAUGUAUCGCAUCACCCGCGGCUUCUACCGGGCCUUCUGCCGGCCCAGAGCCCGCAAGGCGGCCUGAAGACAGAGCAGC